AUGAGCUCUGAUGCUGAAAUGGCCAUUUUUGGAGAAGCAGCUCCUUACCUGCGAAAACCAGAGAAAGAGAGAAUUGAGGCUCAGAAUCGCCCAUUUGAUUCUAAGAAAGCCUGUUUUGCAGUGGAUGAUAAAGAAUUGUAUGUGAAAGGUAUGAUCCAGAGCAGGGAAAAUGACAAAGUCACAGUCAAGACUCUGGAUGACCGGACACUCACUCUGAACAGUGACCAAGUGUUCCCCAUGAACCCUCCCAAAUUUGACAAGAUUGAGGACAUGGCCAUGAUGACUCACUUGCAUGAACCUGCUGUGCUGUACAACCUCAAAGAGCGUUAUGCAGCCUGGAUGAUCUACACCUACUCGGGCCUCUUCUGUGUCACCGUCAACCCCUACAAGUGGCUGCCGGUGUAUAACCCCGAGGUGGUGGCUGCCUACAGAGGCAAAAAGCGCCAGGAGGCCCCGCCCCACAUCUUCUCCAUCUCGGACAACGCCUAUCAGUUCAUGCUCACUGAUCAAGAUAACCAGUCUAUCCUUAUCACUGGAGAGUCUGGAGCUGGGAAGACAGUCAAUACAAAGCGCGUCAUUCAGUAUUUUGCUACAAUUGCAAUUACUGGAGACAAGAAGAAGGAGCAGCAACCAGGCAAAAUGCAGGGAACUCUGGAGGAUCAGAUACUGCAGGCCAACCCUCUGCUGGAGGCCUUUGGGAACGCCAAGACCGUGCGCAAUGACAACUCCUCAAGAUUCGGGAAGUUCAUUCGAAUUCAUUUUGGAGCCACGGGAAAACUCGCAUCAGCGGACAUUGAAACUUAUCUCUUGGAAAAAUCCAGAGUGACCUUCCAGUUAUCCAGUGAGAGAAGCUAUCAUAUAUUUUACCAAAUCAUGUCAAAUAAGAAGCCAGAACUAAUUGACAUGCUUCUGAUUUCAACCAAUCCCUUUGACUUUCUCUUCGUGAGCCAAGGAGAGGUCACGGUGGCCAGCAUUAACGACAGCGAAGAACUGUUAGCGACUGAUAAUGCCAUUGACAUCCUGGGCUUCAGCUCAGAGGAGAAAGUUGGAAUCUAUAAGCUCACGGGGGCUGUGAUGCAUUAUGGGAACAUGAAGUUCAAGCAGAAGCAGCGUGAGGAGCAGGCGGAGCCAGAUGGCACUGAAGUGGCUGAUAAAGCUGGAUAUUUGAUGGGUCUGAAUUCUGCAGAAAUGUUGAAAGGUCUAUGCUAUCCAAGGGUGAAGGUUGGGAAUGAAUAUGUAACGAAAGGACAAAAUGUGCAGCAGGUGACCAACUCCGUGGGUGCUCUGGCCAAAGCCAUAUAUGAGAAGAUGUUCCUGUGGAUGGUCACCCGCAUCAACCAGCAGCUGGACACCAAGCAGCCCAGGCAGUACUUCAUUGGGGUCUUGGACAUUGCAGGAUUCGAAAUCUUUGAUUUCAACAGCCUGGAGCAGCUGUGCAUCAACUUCACCAAUGAGAAGCUGCAACAGUUUUUCAACCACCACAUGUUCGUGCUGGAGCAGGAGGAGUACAAGAAGGAAGGCAUCGAGUGGGAGUUCAUCGACUUCGGCAUGGACCUGGCAGCCUGCAUCGAGCUCAUCGAGAAGCCUAUGGGCAUCUUCUCCAUCCUGGAAGAGGAGUGCAUGUUCCCCAAGGCCACAGACACCUCCUUCAAGAACAAGCUGUAUGACCAGCACCUGGGAAAGUCCAACAACUUCCAGAAGCCCAAGCCUGCCAAAGGCAAGGCCGAGGCCCACUUCUCGCUGGUGCACUAUGCUGGCACAGUGGACUACAACAUUGCCGGCUGGCUGGACAAGAACAAGGACCCCCUGAAUGAGACUGUUGUUGGGUUGUACCAGAAAUCUUCACUGAAGCUUCUGUCCUUCCUUUUUUCCAACUAUGCUGGUGCAGAAGCAGAAGGUGACUCCGGGGGAAGCAAGAAGAGUGGGAAGAAGAAGGGCUCCUCUUUCCAGACUGUGUCUGCCGUGUUCAGGGAGAAUUUAAGCAAACUGAUGACCAACUUAAGGAGCACUCACCCUCACUUUGUACGAUGUCUGAUUCCUAAUGAGACCAAGACUCCUGGUGUGAUGGAUCACUACUUGGUCAUGCACCAACUGCGCUGCAACGGGGUCCUUGAGGGAAUCCGGAUUUGCAGGAAAGGAUUUCCUAGCCGAAUUCUCUAUGCCGACUUCAAACAGAGGUACCGUAUCCUCAACGCCAGUGCCAUACCAGAAGGACAAUAUAUUGAUAGCAAAAUUGCUUCAGAGAAGCUUCUGACCUCCAUUAAUGUGGACCAGGAGCAGUACAAGUUUGGCCACACCAAGGUUUUCUUUAAAGCUGGACUCCUGGGGCUUUUGGAAGAGAUGAGGGAUGAGAAGUUGGUGACCCUGAUGACAUACACACAAGCAGUAUGCAGAGGCUACCUAAUGCGCAUGGAAUUCAAGAAGAUGACAGAGCGGAGGGAUUCCAUCACCUGCAUACAAUACAACAUACGCUCUUUUAUGAACGUCAAGAACUGGCCUUGGAUGAGUCUAUUCUUCAAGGUCAAACCCUUGCUGAGGAAUGCAGAGGCUGAGAAGGAGAUGGCCAACAUGAAGGAAGACUUUGAGAGAGUCAAGGAAGAACUGGCCAGAUAUGAGUCUCACCAGAAGGUUCUAGAAGAGAAAAUGGUGUUACUACUCCAGGAAAAGAAUGACCUCCAACUGCAGAUUCAAUCUGAAACAGAAAACUUGAUAGAUGCUGAAGAACGGUGUGAGGGGCUCAUUAAAAGCAAGAUUGAACUGGAAGCCAAAGUCAAGGAUCUGAGUGAAAGAUUGGAAGAGGAAGAAGUAAUCAAUUCUGAAUUAGUUGCCAAGAAGAGGAACCUAGAAGAUAAAUGUUCCUCUCUCAAAAGAGAUAUUGAUGACUUGGAGCUUACUCUAGCCAAAGUGGAAAAGGAGAAGCAUGCCACUGAGAACAAGGUAAAGAAUAUUUCUGAAGAAAUGGCAACACUUGAAGAACACAUUUCCAAAUUGACUAAUGAGAAAAAAUCUCUGCAAGAAGCCCAUCAACAAACAUUGGAUGAUCUUCAGGUUGAAGAAGAUAAAGUCAAUGGUUUAAUCAAAAUAAAUGUCAAACUGGAGCAGCAAGUAGAUGAUCUCGAGGGUAGCUUAGAGCAAGAGAAGAAACUGCAGAGUGACCUGGAAAGAGCAAAGAGGAAACUGGAAGGAGAACUAAAAAUGUCCCAGGAAUCCAUUAUGGAUCUAGAAAAUGAAAAACAGCAAGUUGAGGAAAAAUUGAAAAAGAAGGAGUUUGAAAUAAGUCAGUUACAAAUCAAAAUAGAAAAUGAGCAAGUUCAUAAUCUGCAGUUACAGAAGAAGAUUAAAGAACUUCAGGCCCGCACAGAAGAGCUGGAAGAAGAAAUUGAAGCAGAGCAGACGCUCAGAGGCAAGAUUGAGAAGCAGCGCUCUGACCUCUCCCGCGAGCUGGAGGAGAUCAGCGAGCGGCUAGAAGAGGCCAGUGGGGCCACUUCAGUCCAGAUUGAGAUGAACAAGAAGCGGGAGGCCGAGUUCCAGAAACUGCGCAGGGACCUGGAGGAGGCCACCCUGCAGCACGAAGCCACUGCAGCCACCCUGAGGAAGAAGCACGCGGACAGUGUGGCCGAGCUCGGGGAGCAGAUCGACAACCUGCAGAGGGUCAAGCAGAAGCUGGAGAAGGAGAAGAGCGAGCUGAAGAUGGAGAUUGAUGACCUUGCUAGCAGCAUGGAGACCGUCUCCAAGUCUAAGAGUAAUGUGGAAAGAAUGUGCCGAUCUGUAGAAGAUCAGUUUAAUGAAGUAAAGGCCAAAGAUGACCAACAGACACAGCUAAUCCAUGAUCUGAACAUGCAAAAAGCAAGACUGCAGACCCAAAAUGGGGAGCUGAACCACAAAGUGGAGGAAAAGGAAUCUCUGAUUUCACAGCUAACUAAAAAUAAACAGGCCCUCACUCACCAGCUGGAGGAACUGAAGAGGCAACUAGAAGAAGAAGUCAAGGCCAAGAACGCCCUGGCCCACGCCCUGCAGUCCUCCCGCCACGACUGCGACCUGCUGCGGGAACAGUACGAGGAGGAGCAGGAGGCCAAGGCUGAGCUGCAAAGGGCACUGUCCAAGGCCAACAGUGAGGUCGCCCAGUGGAGGACCAAGUAUGAGACGGAUGCCAUCCAGCGCACAGAGGAGCUGGAGGAGGCCAAGAAAAAACUGGCCCAGAGGCUCCAAGAAGCAGAGGAGAACACAGAGGCAGCAAGCGCCAAGUGCUCUUCCUUGGAGAAGACCAAGCAGAGGCUGCAGGGAGAAGUGAACGACCUGAUGCUAGACUUGGAGCGGGCCACCAUGGCCUGUAACACCCUGGACAAGAAGCAGAGGAGUUUUGACAAGGUCCUUGCUGAGUGGAAGCAAAAGCUACAUGAGAGUCAAGCUGAGUUGGAUGCUGCUCGGAAAGAGUCCAGGUCACUUAGUGCCGAAAUCUUCAAGAUGCGGAAUGCCUAUGAGGAGGUGGUGGAACAGUUAGAGAUGAUGAGGCGGGAGAAUAAAAACUUGCAAGGAGAAAUUUCUGAUUUAACAGAGCAGAUUGCAGAAACUGGCAAGAAUCUUCAGGAACUAGAAAAAAACAAGAAGCAGGUAGAACAAGAAAAGUCAGAUCUCCAGGCUGCACUAGAAGAGGUGGAGGGCUCCCUGGAACAUGAAGAGAGUAAGAUUUUGCGUGUUCAGCUUGAGUUAAAUCAGGUAAAAUCUGAGUUUGACCACAAAGUCAUUGAGAAGGAUGAGGAGAUUGAGCAACUGAAAAGAAAUACGCAGCGGGCAGCAGAGGCCACGCAGAGCAUUCUGGAGGCGGAGAUCCAGAGCCGCAGUGAUGCCCAGAGGCUGAGGAGGAAAAUGGAGGGGGAUCUGGACGAGAUGGAGAUCCGGCUCUGCCGGGCCAACCGCCAGGUGGCCGACACCCAGAGAAACCUGCGCACCGUCCAGGGACAGCUCAAGGAUUCCCAGCUGCACCUGGAUGGCACCCUGAGGAGCAACGAGGACCUCAAGGAGCAGCUGGCCACCGUGGAGCGCAGGAACGGCCUCUUGCUGGGAGAGCUGGAAGAGAUAAAGGCGGCCCUGGAGCAAACUGAGCGCGCGCGCAGGCUUUCAGAGCAGGAGCUGCUGGACGUCAGCCAGAGGGUGCAGCUCCUGCACGCCCAGAACACAGUCCUAACAAAUACCAAGAAAAAACUGGAAGCUGACUUGUCCCAGUGCCAGGCAGAGGUGGAGAACUCCAUCCAGGAUUCCAGAAACGCAGAGGAGAAGGCCAAGAAAGCCAUCACAGAUGCUGCCAUGAUGGCUGAAGAACUAAAGAAGGAGCAGGACACCAGCGCCCACCUGGAGCGGGUGAAGAAAAAUCUGGAGCAGACAGUAAGAGACCUGCAACUGCGACUGGAUGAGGCUGAGCAGCAGGCCCUGAAGGGCGGGAAGAAGCAGAUCCAGAAACUGGAGAACCGGGUGCGGGAGUUAGAAAAUGAGCUGGAUGCUGAACAGAAGAGAGGAGCUGAGGCUUUGAAGGGUGCCCAUAAAUAUGAUCGGAAGAUUAAAGAAAUGGCUUUUCAGGCUGAAGAAGAUCAUAGGAAUAUCCUUAGGCUCCAGGACCUGGUAGAUAAGCUGCAGGCCAAAGUGAAGGCUUACAAGAGACAGGUUGAAGAGGCUGAAGAACAGGCCAACACGCAGCUGUCUAAGUGCCGGCGAGUCCAGCAUGAACUGGAGGAGGCUGAGGAGAGAGCAGACAUCGCCGAGACGCAGGUCAACAAGCUGCGCACCAAAAGCCGAGACGUGGGUGUCCAGCGUCUUCAGGCCCAGAGAGUUUCAUCAGAUGAGUCUGCUGUAAAUCUUACUGAUGGUCUUUCUGGGAACACUCUGCCUGAUGCCAGACUCCACGGCUCAGACCUAAGCCCUCAAACCUGUCUCUCACCCCGUUUAGCUUCUCCUGAGGCAAGUUCACCCCCAGGUUCAACAUCGAUAGUGAGGGCCACAGACCACUCAGCGAGGCCGAGAGAGGUUUCUGCUUCGGUGUUUCUGUGGUGCGGCCGCGAGCUCCCACCCAGGCCACCGCCUCCUCAGCCGGCCCGCGCCAGGCCAACCCCAGCGGAGAAACCUGGUCGCCGGGGCGCGGCGCCCGGAGCCCUGGGCAGCGGCGCUUGCACGUAG